AUGAGCGCUGAAGGAAGAAUUCGCAAACGCAUCCCCAAGUCAUGUAAACGCUGCCACCGACGCAAGCAGCGAUGCGUCGGUUAUCCGACCUGUACUGGCUGCGAAUCCGCCAAACAGCCCUGUCUGCGAUCCGAGUCCGUUCCCUCCUGGCACCAUGCCAUGUCCAAGGGGGCAUUGGUGCGCCGCAUCGAAGUGCUCGAAGCGGAAUUAUCCGCUGCACUGGAACAGAAUCCCCCGGAUGAAGAUGCGCCAGCAGAACAGCUGUCAACGGGCGCAAAACUACAACCCCAUGAAUCCCGAGCUGGAGUGGUCUCGAUGAUGGCAAUGAGCCAUGAGGGGAGCGACAACCUGGCGUAUCUAGGACCCUCAUCAGGAAUGUCCAUCGCAGAAGAUCUGGGCCGUCUGGUGCAGAACGCCGUCUGGCUGAGGUCCAUCCCCAUCAAUGGCAGUCACCACCAACCUCCGCCGGAUUGCGAAAGAACCGCAACCAGCACCGCAAUACCGAGUGAUGCUGUUGGAUUACGCCUCCUUAAUGCCUACUUUAAAGACAUGCAUACCCGUCUCCCGUUUCUUGAUCGUGCGGAGCUGAUGCAAUUGCAUGCGACCGUACGAAAGUCCCCGUCAGAUCAGAUGAGCGAGGCUGCACGAUUCAAACUAUUCAUGGUAUACGCCAUUGGCGCAGCUAUUCUACAGAUGACCGAGACCUACGACUCCACGCCCCCGAGCACGUUUGUAGCCAUGGCACUACAGCUGGAAUCUGUCCUCGGGGAAUCACAGUCCUACAUGAACAUCGAAGCACUCAUGUUACUCGUCCUCUAUCACAUGCGGACAUCGUCUGCCACGAGAGUAUGGUAUCUGAUAGGUCUAGCCAUGCGCAUCUGUAUCGAUCUAGGGUUGCACCGCGAAUCUCAGUAUCGGAAGAUGCGACCGUAUGAAGGGCAAAUGCGCCGACGGCUGUUCUGGUCUGUUUACCUGGUUGAACGAUACGUGGCCUGGUCAUUAGGACGGCCGUUCAGUGUCCCCGAGGAGGACAUUGAUGUUCAUGCUCCAGCGGAUCUGGAUGAUUCGUGUACCAGCGACAAGCUGGUUGAGCAGGCUCUGCAGGGCUCAGUGGCUCCGCGCGAGCCGGCGCACGGAAGGAAGCUUCGGAGAUUCAUCGCUUUGGCACAGUUGCAGCGCAUCAUGUCACAUAUUCAUACCCGGGUUUAUCGAACAGAUAAGCACACCACAACGCUUGUCCCAGAGACGACUCCUCUGCUUGCUGCUUUGGAAGAAUUCGAAACAUCGCUGCCGGAAAUGGCACCGGAAGAAGACGACUUUGUCCAUAUGCAUUGGAACAACGCCAUUCGGAUGCUCAUUCAGCGGUUCGUGGGAGUACUACCGCGAAGUGAUCCUCUAAUUGAGAGAUGCUUGUACGCCUCAGGCCAGAUGUGUCAGUGUUUCAAGAGGCUGCGACAGCGAGAUUCGUCCGGGUAUUCUUUUCUCCUGGUUAAUUCACUGUAUAUGGCUGGGUUGACUAUUUGCCUUUGCCUUUUCCGGGCCCCUCAACUGUGGACAAUAGCCGUGUCAAAUGAUCUGAGAGCCUGUUCUUCUGCGCUGUUCGUUAUGGCGGAGAGGAAUCCUAGUCUGAAGAAGUACCGAGACGGACUGGAGAUGAUUAUCAACCGCGUGAUGGAGUAUGUGAAUGAUGCGGCAAAGGCCGACCCUCUGCCAAGUGAAUCUCAUACCGAGGACGUUAUUCCCACACCACAUUCUGAGAGUGUGAGCGCACACACCGACGCAACUACUGGGGAUGCUCAGCUCUCAGCUGGAUGGUUCGACUUUCAGUAUCCAUUGCCCCCUAUGGGAGGGCUAACCGGGCCCGAUCCAUACAGACAGGGAUCUGCCACAGCAGACACACCCGACUUCUGGCAUACGUUCAGCGACAUGUUCCCAGAGAUAUGGUCAAACGACCUAUUAAGCCUGGACAUGUCCGACGGACUAAACUGGUUUACUCCGCAGUAG